GAAAAAUUAGGGUAUAAAUUGGUUGCCCAGAACCAGAGCACGAAAGAUAUUUCAUCUUGUUGGACUGGGGAUUGAAAACUACGACCGCUUUCAGUUACUGGCAGACAUAAUUACGUGUCAUUUCAUAGGCAUUGUGCAGGCCAGAAAUCAGUAGAUUUUGUUCAUGGGUCAUCAUCAUCACUGAAGUUCACAAAAAAAGACUGGACUUCAUCGACUAAUUGAAGAAGUGGUUGCUAAGAGAUGACAAGCAGUGACAUCACAGCAAAGAGACUGGUGUGCUGCAGCCUGAACCUGUUUCCCUACUCUGGGUCUCCUCUCUCAACUUCCAUCUAGACCUGAGGGCACCUGACCAAUGUGAAGGAGAAGAGGAGCCACACGGCACACACGCGCCAUGGCAGCUUUUACCAGUACGCCCAAAGUGAGUUUGAGGAGUGUUCCUCCACACAGGGACAGGGAGCACAGCCCUGCGGAGUGUGACUGGAAGGACUGUGAGGCAGUAGGCAGAGAGAGGCCGGCGGAGCACAGCACCAUGCUGGAGAAGACCCAUGACUUCUUCCAGAUCUGUGACAUCGAGGACAAGGGCUUCAUCACACGCAGGGACAUGCAGAGGCUCCAUGGAGAGUUGCCCCUCAGUGCAGAGGAGCUGGAGAACGUUUUUACCACCCUGGACUCUGAUGGCAAUGGAUACCUCACCCUGGAGGAGUUCUCCUCAGGGUUCAGUGAGUUCCUUUUUGGCCGGAGGGUGUCUGUAACUGAGGGAAUAGGGGAGGCCGGCCCACACACCAAUGAACACUCCAAACACACUAUCCAGGGCCCUGACUCCCUGUUCCAGACCCAGUGGGAAGAGAGACUGGCGGGCAGUGAGGACGAGGAGGAGAGACACUUCUGCAUGCUAAUGGAAAGUUUGGGUGCUAGCAACGUCUUUGAGGAUCCUGGUGAGGUACGUAGUCUAUGGGCCCAGCUAAGAAGAGAUGAGCCACACCUUCUAUCCAACUUUGAAGAGUUCUUGGCUAGGGUCACUUUCCAGAUCAAAGAGGCCAACCAAGAGAGGACAGAGAUGGAGAGUGCCCUUAAAAGAAAAUCAGUUACACAUGAUGAUGAGAUCCAGCGCUUAUAUGAAGAAAUGGAGCUGCAAAUCAAGAAUGAGAAAGACAGGAUCCUCAUGCAGGACUCUGAGCGGUUCCUAUCUAGGAGUCAGGAUCUGGAGCAUAAGCUGUCCAGUAAGGAGAGAGAGUUGAAUCAGAUUCUCCAGAAACAGAGGAGGUUGGAGCGUCAGUGCACGGAGCUGCACAGCGAGCAGCAUGUCACCAUGGUGGAGAACGUGAAGCUGAAGAAGACCAAUGAGGAGCUGGCCCAGGAGCUGGAGCACACCAAUCAGGAACUGACCCUGGCCCAGGAGCAGCUGAACCUCCUGCAGGAGCAGUUCUCCCUCCUGCAUGAUGAGAGGGAGAUGGAGAUGUAUCGGGUCACAGAGGGAUUGCAGCGAGAACGGGCAAGCCUGCUGAAACAACUUGAUCUUCUCAGGGAAAUGAACAAACAUUUACGAGACGAGCGAGAUAUAUGUUCUUAUCAAAAACCCAGGAAUACUGUUAAAAAACUUGCUUGGAACCUGGCGCCUGGAUCAUAUGCCCUGAAUCCCAUUGACAGAAAGGCCUGCGAGGAUGAGGAGGGCGCGUUCCGCCACCUUGGAAGGAAGAGUUCGGGUGACGUGAAUGGCGACAGCCCGCUGGACGCCGUGGAGGCCGAAUCCCCACACCGGCACCUCCAGAGGAUCAUUUCCAUAGAGGAGGACCCCUUACCUCAGCUCCUGCAGGAUGACUACCAGGCCCAGCUCCACCAGUGGAGUGAGGAGGAGGAGGAGGAGGAGUACAUUGAGUUACAGGUGAACCCUGUAUAUGCUCCCACGCCCCCUCCAACGACGGUACAGAAGUCAGCUGAAACCAAAGUCACAGAUGAAAUGCUACCUUCAUCACCCAGGGGUCAGCCUGUUGGCAAGGAGACAGUGGUGAAUGAGCAACGUGCAGUGUCACCCCCAGACCGGCUCUUUAAGAUUGUCCUGGUCGGGAACUCCAGCGUGGGGAAGACUUCCUUCCUCAGGAGGUUCAGUGAUGACUGCUUUUACCCUGGGACAUCCGCCACUGUGGGCUUAGACUACAGUGUGAAGACAAUAACCGUAGACUGCAGCCAGGUGGCGCUGCAGAUGUGGGAUACAGCAGGACAGGAGAGGUAUCGCAGCAUCACCAAGCAGUUCUUUCGAAAGGCUGACGGUGUGGUGGUCAUGUAUGACAUCACUGCUGAGCAAAGCUUCACUGCAGUGAGACAGUGGCUGACUAGUGUACAGGAGGGGGCCGGUGAGGACAUUCCCAUCAUGCUGCUGGGCAACAAAACGGACAAGGAGAGUGAGCGGGUGAUUCAGACGAGAGUGGGAGAGAAAUUAUCCAAGGAUUGCCAGUUGAUUUUCUAUGAAUGCAGUGCUUGCUCCGGACACAAUGUGGUUGACUCUGUUGUUCAUUUGGCAAGAAUACUUAAAGAGCAGGAGGACAGAGAGAGAGAGAAGACCGUCCGACUGGGGAACAGCUCUUCACAGAACAAGAAGUCCUGCUGCUAGAAACCAAAUCUUUAUCAGUUACGGUUCUUCUUUCUCAAUACACGACACACAGUUUACCAGAUACUCACUAUCCACUAUGUCCUUAGGAACUCAAAGAUCUCAAGGAUCUAUGGUACAGUACCUCUUAACCGUACUUCUGUCCCUCUGUGUGAUUCUCAGUAUACACCCAUGUGGUUUGUUCACUUGACUGGCUUUUAAAACGCCUCCCGUUCAGAUUUUAUCUUAGCACAGAAUUGCACUUGUAUAAUAACAAGCAGUAUUGUAUAUGUGUAUUUUCCUAAUUACUACAUUGUAUUUUAAUUAAAUUGUAUUUUCAUCUAGCCAAAUAUUCUAAUAUUGGAUCAUUUUGAUUAGUACAUUAGUCUAUCCCUUAAAUGGAAUAAGCCAGCUAUGUAUAGCAACUUUUUCACAUUUGUUUUACACUUCGCCAUCAUAGUGUACCCAUAGUAGAGCUCUGCCAUUCUCUACCUCUAUCAAAGAAUUAGCGCACAACCUGCCUCCACUAUAUGUUGUUUUUAUGUAAUAGCUGCAGUGUUAUUGCCAUGAAAGACUUCUCUUAGUGUCUUUGUGUUGUUGUUUAUGUAGUCAUUCCAAGUGACUGGCUUUUUUUGCUCCACAUUCCAGCAUCUUAAACUAAUUUGUUAGUGGGCGCAGGUAAAAAUGUCCCGUGACCAUUCCAGAAAACAUCAUAUAGCACAGAGUAGGUUAGAACAAAUCUGCUUGUGCUUGGGCUGGGGUUGUUGUGACGUUCUGUAAUGUCCGCAGUCACUGCACCGAUCCAUUCCAGUACCUCAGUUGUCCACAGAUGUGCGUGUAAUAUGUUUAAGGACGUUUCUGUCACUUUGAACCCUCCAGUCUGUCCUCUAGUCACUAAGGGAACUGACCGGGUUGACUUUGUGCCGUGCUACUGUACCUGUGUAUCAUAAUGUAUGUGAAAUGUAUAUAAACAAAAUAUGUUGUAUGGUUUCUGUGAAUAAUAAAUUGGUAUUGUAUAUUUAUUGAAUUGAUCUUGUGAAUGAAAUAAACAGAAU